AUACUGGUAAAAGAUGGGCACCGUGUUACUCCGUAACUUUACUGUGAACAGCAGGAAAGUUUUAGCGCAGAAUUCUCAGCAGUGCCAUACAGGAGCAGCAUCCACAUCUGAAAUCCUUCAGGGAUCAUGGUUUUCACCGAAUCAGCAUCUUCACCAUGAUCAAAACCAAGGCCCAUUUUUGUCAUCUACAAUACCCUUGGAUGAGACUCCUCCUAAGAAAGCCAAAGUUGUGAUAUGUGGUGGAGGAAUGGUCGGCACAUCAGUACUGUAUCAUUUGGCAGAGUUAGGUUGGGGAAAAGAUGCAGUUAUGCUUGAACAAGGAAGGAUUGGUGGACCAUCUGCAUGGAGAGGAUCAGGCUUUUUGGGAGGUGUUAAACUAAUGAGAUCUGAAAUGAACAUAAUAAGGACAACAAAACGUUUAGCAAGGCAGCUUGCGGAAGCAGGAUAUGACACAGGAUGGAAACAGUGUGGCUCUUUGCAUUUAGCUCGAACCCGUGACAGAUUGACUCAUUUUAGGAAAAUGAAAGCUAUUGCUGAAGCUCGAGGAACAGAAUGUUAUAUACUGAGGCCUAAGGAAGUUGAGAAAAAGUGUAAUAUUUUGAGUACAUCUGAUCUUGUUGGAGCUUUUUGGGUCCCAAAGGAUGGAGUCUGUGAUCCACACAAAUUUGGAUAUUCUCUUCUAAAACUGGCAAGAGAAAAAGGAGGCCAAGUAGUUGAAAACUGUCCUGUAACCAGGAUAAUUGUUCAUGACUCACGGGCUGUUGCUGUUGAAACAAAUAAGGGGAUUAUUGAGUGUGACUAUGUGGUAAAUGCUGGAGGUCUUUGGGCAAGAAAAAUGGGACAGAUGACUGAACCAUAUGUCCGAGUCCCAGUUCACCCAGCAGAACAUUAUUUUCUCUAUACUUAUCCCUUAGAUGGUGUUGAUCCCAUGAUGCCAGCAAUUCGAGAUCCUGAUGGCAACUUUUACAUUAGAGAAUUCAAUGGUGGAUUCUUAGCUGGUGGUUUUGAAAAAUGGGCCAAACCUACAUUUGAAAGAGACAACUUUCCAGGCUAUGAUGCAGUAGAAAAAAGGGAACAGAGUGAAGAUUGGGACCAUUUCUAUACUAUGCUGCGUGAAAUGUUACAUAGAAUCCCAGUUAUGAAGGAUGCUGUACUUGGCCGACUUAUUAAUUCUUCCUGUGGAUUUUCACCUGAUAACAGAUGGAUUCUUGGGCAAGCACCAGAGUUGACAAACUAUUUCGUGGCAGCUGGGCUUAAAAGUGGUGGUAGUAAUGCUGCAGGUGGUAUAGGAUCAGUGCUUGCUAAGUGGAUUGUUGAUGGUAUGGCUCCAAUGGAUGCUCACGAUCUUGAUAUAUUACGCUUUCUCCCAGCGCACAACAACAGAAGAUUUUUGUUGGAUCGAGUUCAAGAAGUUCCUGGUAUCCACUAUAGCAUAGCCUACCCUUUUCCUGAUUUCAAGACUGGGAGAUGUUUACGUAUGUCUCCAAUUUUUCCAAAACUUAAGUCUGCUGGUGCUGUUUUUGGACAGGUCAUGGGAUAUGAAAGACCUAGUUAUUUUGAACCAGGAGGAAUGUUACAAGAUGAUUAUGAUGUUGAUGAUUAUGAUGUUGAAGGAAAACCAUCAGCACUAUUCAAGAUGGCUUCAACAGAAAUGUGGACAAAACCACAUUGGUUUAAUGUGGUUGGAGAAGAGUAUAUUGCAUGUAGAGAGCGGGUUGCCAUCCUGGAUUACUCAUCAUUUGCAAAGUUUGAUAUCUGGUCCAAGGGUAAUGAGGUGGUACAGGCUCUACAGUAUUUGUGCAGCAAUGAUGUAGACAUUCCUGUUGGCGGGAUCAUUCACACUGGUAUGCAGAAUUCUCUCGGGGGAUAUGAAAAUGAUUGUUCCUUAGCACGCAUAGCUCCAAAUCACUAUAUGAUGAUAUCUCCCAGUAUUCAGCAGACACGCUGUGGUACCUGGUUAAAGAGAAAUCUCCCCUCAGAUGGAUCUGUUGUUAUGAGUGAUAUCACAUCCAUGUACACUGCUAUAUGUCUGAUGGGACCUCUUGCACGAAGAGUUUUAUCCGAACUAACAGACGUUGACCUGAGCACCAAGGCCUUCCCUUUCUUUUCUUUUAAAGAAAUUGAUGUAGGGCUUGCGAACGGAAUCCGUGCCAUGAACUUGACCCAUACGGGCGAACUAGGGUGGGUGUUAUAUAUACCAAAUGAGUAUGCUCUCCAUGUAUAUAACAACUUAGUGUCUGUCGGGAAAAAAUAUGAUCUGCGGCAUGCUGGCUACUAUGCAAUGCGAUCUCUCAGGAUAGAAAAGUUCUAUGCAUUUUGGGGUCAGGAUCUCGACUCGACAACUACCCCCCUUGAAUGUGGUCGAGCUUUUCGUGUGAAAUUGAAUAAAGACAUAGACUUCAUAGGUCGAGAAGCUCUGAUGAGACAACGAGAAGAGGGAGUAAAACGAUUGUAUGUGCAGCUACAACUUGAAGAUCUAAACCCUGAAGUUUAAGAUCCUUCUUGGGGUGGUGAGCCAAUAUAGGAUGGUGUCUUUGUUGGUAUAACUACCACAACUGGGUAUGGUUACACACUAAACCACCAGGUUUGUCUUGGUUUCAUAAGAAACUAUGAUGAAAAUGGGAAGAUGACUUUUGUAACACCUGACUAUGUCAUGUCUGGCCACUAUGAAGUUGACAUUGCUGGUGUUCGAUACUCAGCCAGUGUCAGUCUGCGUUCUCCAAGUCUUCCGACUAAGUUCCCAGAACCACAAGAAGAUCGAUAUCGUGCAACACAAAUUUAAUUCAUUACUUGAUUUGAGAAAGAACACACUAUACAAUACUUGCCUUGCAAUUCAGUCUCUGUGAUGCUGACUUUUAGAGUUUUUCAACUAGUGUACUCACAGAAAUAUAGUUAAUUCCGAGUUUAGAACACACAUUUAUGUGUUUGAAGUAAAUUAGUAAUAAUACAGCUAUAUAGAACUCCUGCUUUUUUAAGACUUUACAGGAAUAUCAGAUUGUUUAAUCUUGCAGCUUUUUUAAGAUCUGAUGGAUUUGAAACAUUUUCAGCACAAAUUUUGAGGACUGUAUUUACCAUUGAGUAGUUACAUGUUUAUAGUGUUUUGUCUAUAUUGUAUAUAUGACGUACUUAAAACUGUAUGUAGAACUUUAUUUAUUGAAA